GGUGAAGAUAUCAUUGCUGUUUUGCCGUGGGAUGAGUGGUGGGACUUUGAGCUCGCAAAAGAUGAUGCCAACCCUCAUAUUGCUGUGCUUCCUCUGCAUCCUGAUGUCCGUGCCAAGUUUAAUGAAAGUGCAGCCUGGGAGUAUGCACUAAGCAUGACAGGCAAGCCUUAUGGAUAUCAUAACCUGAUAUUUAGCUGGAUAGACACAGUUAGUGGGAACUAUCCGCCACCUUUGGAUGCCCAUGUGGUUGCUUCUGUUAUGACUGUUUGGAACCACGUACAACCUGAUUAUGCUGCUAAUAUGUGGAAUGAGGCUUUGAACAAGCGGCUUGGAACUCAGGGCCUUGCUCUUCCUGAAAUUCUUGUAGAAGUUGAAAGGCGUGGGUCAUCUUUUGAUGAAUUGUUGGCAAUUCCUGAGAAAGAUGAUUGGAUAUAUAGUGAUGGGAAAUCAACAUCAUGUGUUGCUUUCAUUCUUGAAAUGUAUAAGGAAGCAGGAUUGUUUGGUGAACUUGCAAGCUCCAUCCAAGUGACAGAGUUCACGAUAAAAGAUGCCUACUCUCUCAAAUUCUUUGAGAACAAUUCAAGCCGCCUGCCAAAGUGGUGCAAUGAUGGGGAUGCCGUGACUCUCCCAUUCUGCCAAAUUAAAGGGAAGUAUCGGAUGGAACUACCCGGUUACAAUACCUUGGACCUGUACCCCCACAUGAAUGAAAGGUGUCCAUCUCUGCCCCCAGAAUACUACAGGCCUAAGGGUUGUUGAUGCCCUUCUGAUUUGUCUAUCCAGUUGGGGAGUUCUUCCAGAACUUGAUGUCAUGCCAUCUUGUCCAAUGCAAAAGCAUGAACUUGCCAGGAAAGAUUAAUCAAAGACAGCAUGAUGCUGUUUGUACAUUUGGCUAUUGCACGGCACGUGGAGAACCAUGCCAAUUUCACUGUUGUAAAUAGCAUCAUGGUUGGAGAACAUUACUCUUGUCCUCGUUCGUAGGCUGCUACCAUGUUGUAUUUAGGAUUUUUUUUAUGUUAAUAUUUGAACCGGGGUUGGAAUUGUCUCA